CAGGAAGGACUUUUGAGCAGCGAGUUCUCUAUGAAACGUUUCUGAACUACUGUUUCCAUUGCAAACAAUACGGACACCAUCCUUUCAUUUGCAAGAAACUAGCAGCAAAAGAAAAACCUGAAACCAAUGAACCAGAUAAUAAUGAGGAUACUAUUAGCGAAGUUGCUUCUAUGGUUGGAGUUCCACUCACCACGGAUAGGAUAACGCUUGAAAAGGCAAACCACAACUUCGCUAGAGUAUUGAUCGAAGUGGACGUGACAAAGCCACCUCCCCUCUCAUUUCCAAUCAAGAUGGCGUCAGGAAGGACUUUUGAGCAGCGAGUUCUCUAUGAAACGUUUCCGAACUACUGUUUCCAUUGCAAACAAUACGGACACCAUCCUUUCAUUUGCAAGAAACUAGCAGCAAAAGAAAAACCUGAAACCAAUGAACCAGAUAAUAAUGAGGCUAUUUUAAUAGCUAGGGAACCCACCACGAAGGCUAUUGAGACUACGAA